AUGACUGUGGCCACUCAAAAGAAAAAGCCCUACUUUGGCCUAACAGGAGGAUGGCUCACAUUCUGGGUUACAGUUGCUUGUGCAACAGACAUGUCCCUAUUUGGCUACGAUCAGGGAGUUUUCAGCGGUGUAGUGAUCACCGAGGACUUUCUCGUGGUUCAUGAUCUAGUCGGGCCUACGAAAACCAAAACCCUUUCCACCGUGACUGCUAUCUAUGACAUUGGUUGCUUUAUCGGUGCCAUCGUUGCCUUUACGAUGGGAGAAUCAUUAGGGAGGAAAAGCUCGAUUAUGGUUGGAACAACCAUAAUGGCUGUGGGCACCAUCCUCCAGGCAAGCUCAUAUAGUUUGGCACAGAUGUUUGUUGGACGGAUUGUGCUGGGAAUCGGUAACGGAAUCAACACGGCCACGGCCCCUAUUUGGCAGACAGAGACAUCACAGUUAAAAUGGCGUGGCAAACUUGUUGUCCUCGAGAUGAUGAUGAAUAUCGCGGGUUUCUGCCUAGUCAAUUGGAUUAACUACGGAUUCUCCUUCGUUGGUGGCCCCAUUGCCUGGCGUUUUCCGCUCGCCUUUCAAUUUGUCUUUCUCUUUGUCCUCUGGUCUACCACCCCUUGGCUUCCGGAAUCCCCUAGGUGGCUUCUCGCUCAUGGAAGAGAAGAAGAAGCUAUUGAGGUGCUCAGCUGCUUGGAAGCGAAGCCAGUUGAUGACCCCUUCAUCAUUACGCAGUGCCGUGAAAUCAAUUUCAGCGUUCGCUACGAGCGUGAAAAUUCCAUGCGAUGGAGGGAUCUCUUCAAGAAGAAAGCAAACGAUACUAAAACCUUGCGAAGACUUGUUCUUGGCGCUGGAAGUCAGUUUAUGCAACAAUUUGGGGGAAUUAAUAUUAUGUCCUAUUAUCUGCCUACAGUCCUUAUCAAUUCUGUCGGUCUUUCUGAUGAGCUCUCUCGUCUAUUAUCAGCGUGCAAUGCGGUGUCGUAUUUGGUAUUCUCUGGUAUCGCAGUGUUACUAGUUGAGAGAGUAGGCCGCCGCGGUUUGAUGAUGAUUUCAACAUUCGGGCAAUUCAUUUGCUUCUUGGUGAUCAGUAUUUUGCUUCGCUACUCCGAGGCAAGCGCUCAAGGAGAGAAAUAUGCAUCGGCAUCGGUCGCAUUUUUCUUCCUUUACUACGGUGCAUUUGGCAUUGGAAUGCUCGGUAUCCCAUGGUUGUAUCCAACUGAAAUCAAUUCGUUGCCAAUGAGAACGAAGGGAGCUGCUGUUGCGACAGCUAUGGACUGGAUCACAAAUUUUGUCGUUGUCGAAAUUACCCCCAUUGGAAUCCAGAAUUUGGGCUGGAAAUUCUGGCUCGUUUGGACUGCAACUAAUGCUCUUUUCCUGCCAAUUCUUUACUGCUUCUAUCCCGAGACAGCCAACCGGAGUCUUGAAGAUAUGGACGCAUACUAUAGAUCCAAUCCACCUUUGAUCGUCACCACAGACCCAGACGCUGUCUCCAGAAAGCGCCCCCAGAAAUACAUUGAGCACGAAACACUAGUCAUCGAGAAGACAGCUGCAGGAUUGGAUUACCCGUCAGACGGGGUAGAGAAUCAUGUUGAACGACUUGAUGAAGCGACAGGCAAAAACUGA